AUGACGUCUUCCCUGCCUCUUCUCUGUAUUCCUUAUCUCCCGUUAAAGAAGAUUAUUGAUUUUAUGGAACCCAGUUCAUUAGUCUCCAUGGCUCUAUGCUCCCAGAAAUGUCAAUCAGUUAUCAAAACUCAUAGAAGGAAGUCAAUCGAUGGACACUUACAUGUCUCGGGUUUCGAACAUUUUCUUUUAUCUUUCGACAAAUUUUGUGAUUACCAAAUUGUGAUGGUUGCAUCAGGUUUACAGAAAAUGACCAACAGAACACGUUUUGUUGAUAUGAAUGGACAAAACGUGGCAUUGACUGUAAACGAGGAGAAGGGAUAUCUGGUGACCCAUUGGGAGGAUGAAGUGAAUGGAGUGAAGAUACUCACUGAUUAUGUUACCCAGCUCUUCAAUAUUGAUGUAUUGGGAAUCACAUUCAAUCCCCAUUUCAAAUCAAAUAUCGCUUCAACUUUGGAUAUGACCUACGAAGGGAGGAUGGCUUUUGACUGGAUGGUCGAAAAACUUUGGAUGCCUUACCAAUUCAUUUCUCAAAAUUUUGUGGUUUCUGGAUCGGGUCGAAUCGAAAUACCGACAUUCAAAAGUCCGAUACCACCGGGUAUUGAGGAAGGAUGUUUAUUUGCAGUAACUGUUCAAAACCACACACUCGACAAUUCAUUUGUAUCAAUGAACUAUACAAUUGAGAGUACUGAUGGAUCUGAUGUUUUCAAAUUUCCCAGUGAGGAUGCCUUACCUCUUUUCGGAACUGCGGAAACAAGUGAAAUUAAGAUGAACGGAUCCCUCUUGUACAAAUGGACAAUUGACUAUUAUUACAAAACAGAUGAACCACAAAUCAUUCAAUGCAGAAUGUAUGGCCAACGUUAUCAAUACUUCUUUCCAUUGCCAUGA